GGCUUUUUCCCAAAGAAAAGGGAAAAGCCCUGGGUCAGACAGCCUGUUCCAGGCGAUCAGAUUGUGUGGACGGCGCAGAGAAGGUGUGAGCAGGAAAAAAAAACAGCCUCACUUUCUCCUUUUUUUCCCACUCUCUCACUUCGCACUGCACUCCGCUAUCUAACCGUUGGAGCUUCCAACAAGCUACUCUGGGGUAGCCUCCCACACAGACGUACUUAGCGGUUCGUCACGCGUUGGGGAGGAUUGCGUGACGAGCCAAAAGAACUUCUUCGUGGAAGGCUAACUCUGGGGACGUGGUUGUGGUUUGAAGGUUUCUACUGUCCUGGUGUAAUCUAAAAAUUUCUAAUAUCGCAUCUGAAGGAAGCUAUAUAAGUUGUUCUCUUUUUAGGGUAGCAUUUUGAUGACAACUUUUCCUCUCUUUUCUUGUCAGUUUUCACAAAGGGGAUCUUUUUCGUCCCUACACUCCCGCCAGCUAUGUGCCGCCCUUUCGGUCGAACUCAUGCCCUCCGCAGAAUGAUUCCAGGCAUGGUUACCCUGAUCGUCCAAGAUCCAAUCCGGGUACACCUGUAUCGUCACGUGGUAAUCAUGAUCCAAGACGACAGAUCUAUGACCUCACAGAAAUCGCGCUCCACAGUUCAACUCAGGGGGCUACCAUGGUAACCAAUCACAUUACAAUUGAGGGGGUUAGCAAGGUAAUAGAUCCCAGUACAACUCCAGCAGUUACCAAGGAAACUAGUCACAAUUAAACGCGUACUCUCGGGACCUGGGUCGAGUCAAUCUCAGUACUCUCGCAGUAGCUAUCAACAUUCGUCACGUGACCCUAGACAGCAGCAGCAGCAUUAGAAUCGACAAGGACCUCCCAACAGGGUAAGUUAAACGAUCAAAAACCUUAUUCUCCCAAGUAAGGAAGCGAUGCCGUACAAGAGUACGCGAAAUCUUCUUGCUUUUUUAUUUAGUUAGGUAACGUCCUCUCUUUCUGUUUUUCGUUAUUGCAAGGAUCUAUUUCGUAAAUGGUCGCUCCUACCCUUAAUUCAAAUGUCAUUCCUUUGUUUCCCUCUUACCGUUACAACUGCACCAUUUUGCUGAACUUUCUUGCUUGGCUGCAAAUGAUUUGUCAUUUUGGGAUGAACAUAUGUACUAUCAGGUCACCAGAAACAUUUAUUCUGUAGAUCUUGUGCUCAAAAAUGAUUACCUUUCUUGGUAUUUGAUCUGUCCGUUCUCUCUUUCGGCUUUCUGUAUGGCAAGUACCCGUUUAAAUUAAUUUUUAUCGGUUUUAAUUUUUAUAUGCCUUGCAGUUCAGUUAUCCCGGAUGCUCUUUAAGCGUAUUACCGCGCAUGCGCUAUUAAAUUGACAACUUGUUAAUCGUGGUUUUGUUUGUACCUCAGGAUGAUCGUCGCCAUUCGUACCCGCUUUCCAAUUACCGUUAAAGACCGUAUUAAGAUGACCGUGACAUCCUCAAUUUUAACACCCCAGUUGAGGUACCACAGGAUAACCAACACAGGCGUAAAGCACCAGGGACGGAUAACUGUGCGGGGCGUGAGAUCCAUGAGACUGUCACGUGUUCUCGUUAAGUUAUCAUGNACAGAUCUAUGACCUCACAGAAAUCGCGCUCCACAGUUCAACUCAGGGGGCUACCAUGGUAACCAAUCACAUUACAAUUGAGGGGGUUAGCAAGGUAAUAGAUCCCAGUACAACUCCAGCAGUUACCAAGGAAACUAG